AUGGAUCGUUUAGCAAGGCUGCUCAACGUACUUCAAAACUCCAAAAGACAUUCAGAAUCUGCUCCUCCAGACAACAAGAAAGUGGUUACGUUUGAGAAAGAAAAAAAUGCUUUCUUGGAAAUCAAGGAGAUCUUAAUCCAAAAGGAUUUACAGAAGGAUGGGCGUUUUAACGAUUGUUUUACGCGUGCAGUAGAGCUGUUGUUCUUUUUUGUAAGUCACCGCAAUGCAGAUGUUCGACUUGUUGCUGAACAAUCGUUAGGAACUAUUUUUCAGCAUAUGGUUGUCGAAUCCAACAGCUCUCGUGUAGUUGUUUCUUUGCUGAUGGAAUUAAAACGCAAUGGUGGAGCUCGGUCUUUAGUUGUGGCGUUCAAUUUACUGGCAGAAGUUAUUGACUUCGUGAAACCGAAUAAGACUGGCGUGAUUGGGGCCCAUAUCGUUUGCGCGUUGUGCAGGAUUGCUCAACGACCUGAAGAGAUGGUGCAGAGCUCUUUGGAAAAAAUCUUACCAAAAAUUUUCUCUGUUUUUGGACGUCAGUUUACAACUCAUCGUAGUGAUGACUCUUUCCUAGCUGGUGGCUUAGCAUAUUUAAGUUUUAUAUUAACAAAAUUCCCUAUCAACUUAUACGAAAUCGCACUAAAGAACCUGGAGCUUUCUGGUUCUUCUAGUCGAGCCGCAUCUAUGAUUAUCUUUCAGUUGUCAUUAUAUUUUCCAGAAAUCCUCAAAAAAUCUUUCAGGCAAUUUCGAAGUCAUUUGUUACACGCUCAAGACGAAAAUAAAAAUAUUUUGGUUGGGACAUUUAACACGUUAAGGCUGCUUUGGCCUUCAGUUAUGGCAAGAAAAGAAGACUUCAGCCUUUGUCAUUUUCAAGAAGUCAUUCGAGAUGCACUACGUUGUUUAUUUUCGCGUUAUAAUGAAGUUGUCGUUGCAUCGUUAGAAUUUCUUGAGGCCUUAUUCAGCAGUUUCAUGAGCUUUGUAAAUUCACUUUCCUUCUCAACUGUUGAUUUGACAUGUCCAGGUGUUGAUUGUGCGGAAGAUGUAGAAUCAUUUUCUGAGAAGUCGUAUGUGCCAGAGUUAUCUGUACAAAGCAGUUCCGUAACUCCAAGUUUUGCUGAGCCACUAUGUGCCCCACAGCUCUUAUCUAUUUCAGAUGGUUCUUUUUCUUCGAGCGAAAACUUAUUUAAUUCUACCGAUGAUGCUGACGAAAUAUCUUGUAAAAAGACACUUUCAUCUGUAGAUGACGAAGAGAUUCUAGACCCUUUGAGGCACGGUUCUUCAGUUUUCUGCGAGGAGGAUAAUACUGAUUCUGUUACAUCAAUAAAAUCUGAAGCGACAACACAGUCGGGUGAAGCCGCAUUUGCUGCCACUCAGCUUCCAAGUUGUGAAUCUUUUGCGGUUUACGCGGCAGUUCUCUUUGCAAGACGCUUUUUACUUUCUGACCAGUGUUUAAGGCAGAUACCUGACAGCGAUGUGCGAGUAAGUCAUAAGAUUCUUGCGAUGAAUUGUUUGGGUCAUUUAGCGAGCUGCAUACCAAACUUCUUCAGUACACCACUUCGUUUUCCAGCAGUUUGUCAGUUUAACACAUAUCUUCCGUUUCUUGCCGGUAAAUUGGGGACUCCACUUUUGCGAGAUAUUCAACUGUUCGUCAACCAUGAAGACGAUCUUUUAAAAGCGGCUGCAAUUACAACAAUAGUCAGUGCAACUCGAGCUGCGUUUUAUUCUUCAUCUGUUGAUUUUGCUGACUGUACCAACGUAGCUGUGCCUUUCAAGGAAUGCGUUUUUGACGUUAUGCAUCUUCGCAAAGCACACUGUAGUCGCGCUUUGCUUUCUGCUGCUAAAUCUGCGGGUGAAGUUGUCUCCAAAGUUUGCUUGACAGACGUAUUGUGCAAGUUUGCUUGUGAAUGUUCAAAAGAUAACUACUUUUUGCUGAGGGUUGCUGUUUGUGAAUACAUUGCGAGUAUUAAAUGGGAUGUCUUGGAAACUUCUUUGCCGGAUUUCGUUCUUGAAACGUAUUUGAGAUUAUUGGCGGACGCUGAACCAAAAGUGGCUAGAGCGGCUUCUCUUAAUUUUCAUUUGCUUGUAACCAAUGCCAAUUACUGUGAAAUCAAAAGCUUUGGUGAAACUGACUGGCCUUGGUCAUUACUUUGCCCUGCCUUCCGACGUGAACCAUUGACAGUUGCCAUGGGAAAGGAAUAUAAUUUUUAUCAGCAGCCGAAUAAGGCGUUGUCAAUAAAUCUGUCGGUCAUUUUGAGUAAAGUAUUUACCUGUUUAGGAAGCGAAGUGGAUGAGUUAAAGCAAAACGGUAUAGCUGAUGGUUUGGCCGGCUUAGCUGCAGCUUUUCCUCCUUCUGUUUAUGCUGCAGCUUGGGGUAUUAAUGCUCACGGUGACGCAUCGCGAACUGGAUUGCUUUUCUCCUUACUUUCGCAGUGUUGUAUUAUGCCAUGUAGUUUGAAAACUAUAAGUAGACUCUUUGAAGCAGUUUCAUAUCUGUUUGCAGGUACCUUAAAAGCUCAUUCUAGUGUUCUUCAUUUCAGUGGAGUGUGUAAAGAAAAGCUUCUUGAAACUCUAGCAGCAGAUAACGAUACUUCAUUAACUCCUCCAAAGUUUUUGGACAAACAUUUCAUGGAUCAACUCAUUUUCUCUUCAUUAAGGUUUGCCAUUGAAUUACUCGACAGGGUUUUAAAUUUGUAUUAUACGAUAAUAGCUGAACACCAGCAAAAUCUCAGCCUUGCAAAGACUGCACUUUUGUCCUCCAAUAUGUCACCUAUUCGAAAAGUUUUAAACCCUUCUACUAAUAGCACUGCUGUUGUUGAACAGCGAACUCAAACUAUUACAAAUCUCGUUGGUACUGGGAUAAAAACUUCAAAAGCAACAAGUUUUUUGCAUUCUGCUGCUUUGAAUGGUGUUGUUGGUCAUCUUAGGGGAAUGUAUUCUAAUUACAUGAUUUUAUUUUACUGCCGCAUAACUAUUGAUCUUGCACCUACUGAAACAGUACGGCUGGUGAUUCAGUUACUCAAAGUUUUAUUUGGAAGAAAUGCUGCUAAUUUAAAUAUUAAAGAAUUGAGGAAAGUGUUACCAAGCAACACAAAACCACCGAAAGGCAAAUUUUUUGAUAAUAACUUACUAUAUCAAAAAUUUCCGAAGACUAGAAAUUUCAGGAGUUUUAUUUCAGAUUUUUUGGAAGCAUUAUUGCUUCGGAACGCCAAUAACUUCACUGAGUUCGUUGUGGACUCAGGUCGAAAAGACUUCUACUACAGUCAUUUAUUGAUGUGUUCUGGUUGGACCAGGAAAGAAAUAGUUUGUAAAUCACGCUUAACACCUGGUAACACAGUGGCUGAAACAAUUGGAAUUUUUGAAAAUUUUGUUUCUAAAGCAAUUCGUCUUUUCUAUGUGUCAAAUUCUUAUUCAUUUCAAGCCUUGAUUCUCCAUCUCUUAUGUGAACUAGUAGCUGGGGGAAUAAAUUUUGCGAUGUUGGACCCAAAAAUGCAAUUGUCAAGUUUUCUUUAUGCGUUCAAUCCAAAAACCGUGGAUACAGACGAAGUAGAUUUGAUCCGAUCUGUUUUUCACUUUUUUACUCACAUAUCUCGUAUUGAACUGGAUGGACAGCUUUGUUUAGAGCCUCGGAGAAUGACUGCGUUCUGCGAAGUGAUGAUUAAUGCUGCCAUAGCGAAGCCACAACUCGCUCUAGUUCUCUUGGAGCUGUUUGCUGUGCGAAAGCGGUUUGAACAGUCUGUUGAAAAAAUUCUAUGUACAGCAGAACCUUUGGCUGGAAUUUGUCCUACAGAGUAUAUGGAGAUAUGGGGACUUUUCAUUUAUAGUGCUGUGAAUCAUGGAGAUGAGCAAAGCAGAUCAAAAGUUUCCUUGGUUUUCUUUGAUAUUUUUCAAAGAAUGAGGUCUGGUUGGAGUUUUGACACUGCAUUCAGCGGCAUGAUUGCACUGCGUUUAUGCACUCCUGCAACAUUUCGUCCUAUUGACGUAUUUUUGAGGAAAUUAGUCGAAAUACUGUUGUCGGAGAGCCUGAAUAGUUUUGAACGUUUACUGUACGCUUCCCCGUAUCUUUUUAUGUUCCUUUGUGUCAUGGAUGACGAUUGCGUGUUACCACACAUUGAACAUGCUACAAAACUCUCUCCUGAAGCAGUUGCUGAGUGCAUUGUAGUCUGCUUUAGAUUACUAAUGAAGCUGCUUUCUGGCUGUAUAAAUGAGUUGGAAGCGUUUGGAUUACCUAAGUUGUUGUCAAAUGGUGCUGAAUGUUGCAGACGGUUGUCAUGGUUUUUGCAAGCCCUAGCUUAUGCUGUACGAUCUGGCGGAUUAAAUUCGGUAACGGAAGCCUUUAUCAAAUAUAUUCCUGAGAGUGCUGAUGCGGUAUGCCGAAUCGCAACUUGGCAUUCUAGACUUUCUCUUGGUCUAGCAAACUCUGAACUUGCUAACGACAUACCCGACAAAAAUAUAUUGUUGCUUUGCAACUUGGUCGAACUGAAAAGUCGUCGCAUACAAGGUGUUGAAGGGCUUAGUAACGUCAUUAAGAACUGUUCUGAGGAUAAAUUUCCAAUACUUACGACGACUCUGAAAUCCAUUAACUUUGUAAAGAAACUUUCUGACGAUGAGAAAGCCAAUUUCUAUAAAUACUGUUGUGAACUUUUGAAUGGCUGUUCUCGAGUGAGUUCCGCAAACUUUUUUUUGGCCAUACUGUUGUCUUAUAAACUGGAGAUUUUGGAUUUAAUUGACGGUGACAAGCUGGACAGAGUCAAAUUCUUAAAAUCAGUUGGAGAUCUCAAAGGUCGAUCAUAUGCUCUUGAUCUUUGCUUGUCAUUGCUGACCCUUGAUAGUGCUUCGGAUACCAACGUCAAAGAAGAAAAAGAGUUUUCGCAACAAAGCUCUGCAGACAAAAAUAAGGACUUCUUAUCGUCUUUCUGCUCAUUAGAACCGACUACUUUUGAUGGAGGAUCUUUGUGCGACUUGAUCAUUUCCUUGAUGAAAACUCCUGGUGGGCCAGCUUACCAAAAAUGUAUCACCGCCAAUUGUGUAUCGAGAAACUUCUCUCUCUUUGACGCAAAAUGCUGUCACAGAGUUCUAAAAUGUGCGUAUGAAUGUGAAAGGUUCGAUAUAAUAAUUGCUUGUAUAGAGGAAAUGGAGUUGAUCAGUGCAGCUGCUUUUAAUUGCGGUGAAAUGUAUUCUGAAUAUCCAGUAGUAAGCGUUCAAAAGGCUGAGGCUGUUUGUCGUAUCUUUGUUGAUUUAGCCUUUGAUCUUACAUUAGAUAUUUCGAUGCAGCUACAGUUACAGAAUAAACUAGCUGAGAGUUCUUGUAAGAACUUCACGAAAGCAGCUUCGGAGUGGGCAACUGAUCAGGAGCGAUUCACUUAUUGGUUAGACAAAUAUACGACUCUGUUUUCCAACAUUCAAGUGGAUUCGUCUUUUCUGGAUCCUGUACUUUUUAAUGCUGUUACAUUUAGCAUUAGCCAGCCGUCUUUUAUAACAGCAAUUGAAAAUUCAGAUUUGUGUACAAUGAUUGAGAAGCAGCUCUUACUUGGGAAAAGUUUUGCGCGAAUCCUACAAGACCUUUCUAUUAAAAGAAUGCGGAAAGAAGCUAAGAGUGAAGCAGGAAGAGAAAGACUUAGUUGGGAUAUCGUGAUGCACGAUCGAUCCGGUUUCUUUUCUGAGUCUAUUCAGUCUGCGUUUGAAUUAGUAAUGGUUAUUCAGAAGACAUUCCGGAAGAAGUUAGUUCAGGGGCAUUUGUUUGCGUCUUUGGAAAGACUUGCAAAAGCCAUAACGCGACUCCCUUUGUUCAACGAUGUUGGCUGCAUCCCACGAAUGGCUCUUCUUUGCAAGUGGAGGGUUGAAUUAGAAGUUCGACACAACGCAGUUGUUGUUUCUACUGUGAAUGUUCAUCACUUGUGUAACGUUGAUGUGUUGCGAGACUUUAUAUGGCGGCUGUGUUGGGCUGGUUGGAACAGAAACACAAGUUUUAGCAAUUUUUCUAUGUCACUUUUUGGUGUCUUGUCAUCUACUCCGACAGGUUCAGAGUUACAGUCCGCUAGUUUGAAUGUUACGGAACAGUUAAUGGCAAGUGCCGCAGCGGUGGAAGGGCUGACCAACAUAUUACUGCAAACAACUUUGUUUCCAGAAAGAGGAAAUUUGGUCACAGGUGCAUUCCUGGUUCGACCGCGAGAAAUGUCUGCAGACUUUCUUGCUACACCAUUUGGUCAGCGACUAUGUAUGUUAAAAGCCAGGUUAACUGAUUGCGAGGUUGACUGUGUGUUCCAAAAAAAUUUGGAGUUGAUGAGGAAUCCUCAUCAGUGGUAUGGUCCUGGUCAUCUAUCUGUUCAUGCCAUGUGGAAUAUGAGUGGAGUUCUCGACUUAGAAAGGAGGUUGUUUAGUGGGACUGCAGAAUCUAAUACUUCUUCUCCUAAAAAGACAAUGUCGAAUGCUGACAGUUCAUACUUGCUGCAAAGUGGACACGAUUCAACAAAUGAAUCGUGUUUGCGAAUGUUAUUCGACAUAUAUUCUCAUUGGUUUCGUACAGGGGUGGACAGUGUACCUUCACCACUCCUUUCUCAGAUUAUAAAAUCGAUGUUACUUCUGUCUGACCUGUUUAUUGAUUUGGAACAGUUUGAAUUUGUUUUUCGUCAUAUGAAAAUGCUGUUUGCUGCAAGGUCACACAUUGAGAGUGUGGACUUAGGAAAUGUAAUCUGCGUUGUAUUGAAGUGCGUCGCAGUCCUUGGCUUGGAGGGUGCUGGGAUGCUGAAAUCAGACGCUCAGAAGCUGGUCACUAACUGUAUUGAAUGUGGGCUUACGUCUUGUUACUCUGAAACUCGUAUCCGAACUCUUCAGGGACUUUUAUACAUUCUCCAAUCGAUUAGUCAUGAGGAAUUGCGGACUGUCUUGACCUUUCUUCAACCUUUCCUGCUUAACGAACUGUCAUUCAGAACUCCUGGCAUGGAUCCCGUGAACUUUGACGUUGAAUUCGAAUCAUGCGAUUAUGAGACGCUGCUGUGGAGUGUCAGUUUCUUUUUGUGCGAAAACUUACUGUAUUCUUCAGAGGAUUUCAGAGCAACUUUAUUAGAUUUUCUUCAUAAAAUCUUUAUGUCCCCCUCAUCUCCUGCCUGGUUGAUGGAGCUUCUAACCUCUGGAGCUGAGCGUUUAAUCGUCGUUUCUAGAACUUACAUAAGUGUUUUUAACCGAAUAGCUGUUCCGAGAUUGUGGUCCGUUUCAGAAACAAUAAAGAAUUACUUUACUGCUUCUACAAAAUUUAUUUUUGCACUUCGCAUCGCGAUGGCCUGUUUGUAUCACGGGAUGCAUGAAGCCAAUGUUCAUCGAGUGGGAUUAGAACCUUAUGAUUCUGAACUUUAUUUAAUGGAACAGUUUCCUGCUAUUUUUAAAAUGUAUUUCCUAUUUAUUUAUUAUGACUUGAGAACUUUUGACGUAUCUGAAUAUUUUGAUAGGUUUGUCACGGGUAUUUGUCGAUGUUACUUUGCUCUCAUUUUGGUGCUGGUCAGUGCCGCUUUAACUUUUAGUCUUGCCGAAGGAACCGAAGACGAUGCAUCACUGCUAAUGAAAGUUUUGCCUUACUUGCUCAUCGACUCUUUGAACCAAAGUGAAAUUAUCAAUAACGUUUUAAAAGAGCUAAUUCAUCGCUAUCCCAACCAGACGCAUCCAAGACCAAAAGCUAUUUUUUUAAUAGUACAUCAUUUUCGGAACUUGGAAAAAUUGAUGCACAGGGUUGUUGACAAGGCUGUUAUAAAUUGGUUUGGAGUACUGCGCAGUCGCGAAACGGAAGCUGUGGUUAUCGAAUGGACACUUAAUGGUCUCGAUUCCUUCAGAUAUAUAACCAAUCCGUCAUUAUAUCGUUUUUAUGUUAAUUCUUUUAUUAGUUCGUCAUCUGCAAAUCCAUAUGUGGCGAGUCUUUUUCACAUAAUUGUUAAUAGAAGCAGUGACGCUGUGUGGCUGGAUGAUUUUUGGUUUCCUUUUAUUGUAAAAUCGUUACUUUGUAGGUUAGACAAGGGAAUGGCAUCUAAGAUUAAAGAGAAGAUGGAAGUUUAUAUAGCGAAUGGAGUUGAGCAUCGGGACCUCUCUCGUGUCAAAAACUUUCCCAUUUUGAAUGGUGUGCAGGGUAAUGUACGGUGUAAAAGUGGAAAACUGUUGAUCCAGGUGGUUUUGUGGAUGCUAGCAAUCUUGUCUGGAAUCAAAACGGAUCCACAUUUUGGAACAAAAAAUUAA